CAGGUAUCAUGAAAUGUACGAUAUUAUUCCAGUAGUGAAUAACACGAUACGACGCCGAUUGUAUUGUUACCUUGUCAGAAUAUUUUAUUUAUACUGUAUUUCAAAUAAAAUAAUCAAUAAAAUGUAUAUAUAAAGAUGUACGAGUAAAAAUAUAAGAUGUGAAAAUAUUACUAACGAUUCAUGAAAUGAAAUAUUCAAGGCAGUGAGAUAAAAACAUCGAAGACAUACAUAACCUCAAAAGCCCAUUGAUGCUAAUAUUCAAAAGGGAUGUGUGUAUUUGUGUGAAAGACGUUAUUUUUAAAGAAAGAGAGAGAAAAAGGAAACAUCAAGAGAUAUCUGUGUAUAAUAUAUAAAUUAAGAUGGAUGUACUAAGUGAUACGCUAACAUGCCGUUUGUGUUGUAUCAAACUUGAGAAUAAUAGAUUAAUAUAUAUCUUCGAAGAAGAGACUGAUUUGGUACAGAAAAUAUAUGACACUUUGUCACUCAAGGUCUCACCAAAUGAUGAUCACUCAGAAUACAUAUGCUUUGAUUGUUACAAAAAGGUUACCAAGCACUAUGACUUUAUGCAAAAUGUUUUGAAACUAUCAGAAAAUAAUGUUAGUACAAUAAGAAACCACUCCUUGUGUGAAUUGAACAGAAACGAAAAAAUAGAAAUAAUUUCCAGAGUACACAACGACAUGAUAUAUACAUGUCCAAAUUGUAAUGUAGAUCUGAUGAUCAUAAUAAACAGCAAUCCUGACGAUUGCAAUGCUGCACUUCAAAUCUCAUUAACUGCAAUCGAUCAGAUAGAAAAAUCGGUAGAAGAAGAUGACAUGCAAAUAUCUAAGGACACAAUAGAUCAUAAUAACACCUGUAUAGAGAAAUCAGAUAUAGUAGACAAUGAAACGGGAUCAUCAUACGUUGUUGUAAAUGAUGGCAUCAGAGAAAUUUGUGAAAGUUCAUUGGUCCUACAAGAUGAUAAUUGUUUAAGUACUUAUAUUACAUUUCCAAAUGGAAAGGUAUCACAUGAAAUGAAUGAGAAUAUAAAGAAACAAUACCAAGAAAAUGUUAUUCUUGAGAAAAACAGCCCUAGCAAAUUGCAAAAAUUAAAAAUGAAAGCAGAUACCACACAAGAUAAGCUGGAUGAAAAUUUGCUAAGCCCUGAUUAUGAUGAAAAUGAUUUGAUAAAAAUCGAGUCAAUAAACGAUAGCGUAGUAGAUGUAAAUAUGGAAAUAGUAAACAAUGACGCAAAUGAUUUGGUGAAAAUUGUGUCAACGAAUGGCAGCGUGGAAUGGCUUGACGAGGAAGUGGACGGCAAAGAGGAUGACAGUACGGCGUAUACGUCGGAAACCGAAAAAGAACGCAUCGAUGACGAUUCUGCUAAAUGCGAAGAUGUCGAUAUUAAAGGCGGCCCGAGAAUUGCAUGCAACUUAUGCGGAAUACGUUUCAUUUCGCAAAUGAAGUACGAGUUUCACAUGGAAAGACAUGAGCAAAACAAAAUGGACAAGUUCAUCUGCACAAUAUGCGACAAAGAGGCUAGCAGCGAGAGCUUACUGUGGGAUCACUAUUUUCACGCGCACAAGAGUUGCAUACGUCAUUCCUGCGUGCAAUGCGGCAAGGUGUACGCGAGAAAAUCAAGACUAAAAAGUCAUCAGAAGAGAUACAAGCAUUUCGGUAGCAAGGAAUUACAUUUCGAUAUAAUUGAAACAAGCGCUGCUCAACGGAAUAUGUUCAAAAAGCGAAUAGUAAAUUGCAGUCUCUGCAGAGAACCAAUAACAGACUUAGAUCCAAAGGCAAUCAACGACCUGGUGACGUGCGCCGCUUGCGAGGACGCCUCCUUGUCGCUCAUGGUCGAUGGUAUCGAGAUGAAGAUAUACACCGCUAUCAAUCCUACGGUCGGGGACGUGUCGUUCGUAGAAAUGGCCGGGGAAAAGCGCAGCCAGGAUCAGGAGGAGACCUUAACCGCGAGCAUAGUGCUCGUCGACAUCGAGGGCACCAUCACAAGCAUCAGCUUCGUGAAGGAUACCCUGUUCCCUUACGUGCGUCAAAAUUUGAAAAAUUAUAUCGAGUCAAAAUGGGAGGAUCCGGAGUUCAAGCAGGAUUAUGAAAAAUUGAAAGAACAGGCGAAAAAAGACGAAGAAGAAAAAAUAGAUGGCUUUGUAGCAAUUAUUAAUGAUAAGCCUGAAGAAGAAAAGAAUUCAGUUUUAAAGAAUAUAUUAUGGCAAAUGGAUAAUGAUCGCAAGACUGGUGCAUUGAAGCAAUUGCAAGGACAUAUGUGGCGUCAAGCAUAUGAAACAGGCGCAAUUAAAGCUCACGUUUACGAAGAUGUCCCUAAAGCGCUUGAAUCAUGGGCGAAUGAAGGCAAAAAAAUAUAUGUCUAUUCAAGUGGCAGUGUUGAAGCGCAGAAACUACUUUUUGGACACACUGAGCAUGGAGACAUGCUUAAGUAUUUCAGUGGUUACUUCGACACUGAAGUAGGUGCAAAGCAAGAAACUGACAGCUACAAAAAUAUUCUAAGCAAAAUCAAUGAAAAACCAUCCAAUAUUGUUUUCCUUACUGACGUUGUAAAAGAAGCUGCAGCUGCCAAAGAAGCAGGUCUAUCGACAGUUAUCGUAAUGCGUGAGGGUAAUGCCGUUAUAACUGAUGAAGAAAAAGCUACGUUUACAACUAUCAACUCUUUCUUGGAUUUGACAUUUCAAACAUCUGCAAAACGACAAAAGUUAGAAACGGCGGUUGAAAAAGUCGACGAAGGUAUGACUGAUGUCAGUGAGCCAAUGGAUACUUCUGAGGAUGUAGAAAUGACCGACGUCAGCGAUAAAAAGGUCGAAAAGGAUGAGGCGAAGGAAAAAACCGAAUCAGAAAAGACUGAGCAUGUAAAGAGUCAGUCGUCGGAAGACGCUUCAACUUCCUCAGCACAAAAAGAAGAACCAAUGGUAGUUGUAAAAGAUUCUUCAAAUAUUGAACAGAAAACUCUGGCUUCAGAAACGAAAGAGACUGAUGUAAAAUCUGAAAAUACAAGCGAGAAAAUGGACUCCUCUGAGAACAUAGAACAACCUGAAAAAGAUGAUAUCGCAACGUCAGUUGUCAAAGACAGCGAUAAUGUCGCUGCGUCAGAAAAGACUGAAGAAAAGUUAGAUACAGUCGCAACUGAAGUUACUCCCGUUACCGAUGACUCGAUGGAUACGUCCGUGCCAGAGUCUGCAUCAAAGUCUGAAAAUGCUCUCACGUCUACUGAGAAAAAGACUGAAGAAUCCGCGGAAGUCGCGAAAGACGCGAAAGAUACACAGUCCGAGGUUGUCGAAAAAACUCAAACGAUCGAAAAUGAUAAAAAGGCGGAUGAAGUUGGUCCAGAAACGAAAAUUUCUGACAAAAAUGUUGCAGACAAAUCUGAAGAAUCUUUGACAACGGAGAAGAAGGAUGAGAUAAAGGAAGAGUCAAAAACUGUUUCCGGCACAUCCGAAAGCGAAGAAGUUUCGGCAAAAAGUGGACAAGAAGAAGUAGCCAAAAUAGAGACGACUGUAACAGACGUUACUGAAAAUGGAGAAACUACAGAGAUAGCUACGGAGAAAACUACAGUGCCACCAACAGUGACAGAACCGGAAGCAACAACCAGCACGACAGACGCGAAAAGAGAAGCGUCUAAGUCGAACGAAGUAUCCCAAGAAAAGAGUGUAGAAGUAACCGCAGAACCUGAGAAAGCUGAUGAAAAGACGCCACAAGGCGUGGAAACUGAAGAGACAGUGGUGGCGACUGACGCCGAAAAAUGCGAGAACGAAGCUUCGAAGAUGGAACCAACAAACGAGACAGUGAAAGAAGAGAAUGUGGUGGACGUAAAGGACAAAAAUACAGUGGAUUCGGAAAAGCAAAAACUCAACGGUACCACGCAAAACGGAAAUACGGAGGUGCCAGUGUUGGACGACAAAUUGCAUAGUAACGGACUGAACGAGGGGCCGUCGAAGGAGACUACGAGCGAAGACGCGGCGGCGGCGACGGCAGCGGCGACAGCAGCGGCGACGGCAGCGGCGCAAAAUGGCGAAGCCGAGAGUUCGUCGGAAAGUAGUGCGGAGUCCAUAAAAGUUAAAAAGGUCGUCGAUUCCGCCGUGGCCGACGGUGCCGGAGAACCCGAUGUUGUUCCUCCUGUAGUCGUAGCGACGUCUUAACUUUGUUCUUAUACAGUUUAAGGAGCCCUUCAUGCAUAACCCCAGUCCACAAGUACUUAUUCGCAGGUAUAAACUGAUAAACUGAUAAAUUGAUUCCAUAUACUUUACGUAAAACGUACCACGUCGAAGAUGUAACGCGCUAUUUAAGAUGCAGUUCGUAAAACUACCGUUCGUUUCGGCGACUAUAACGAGACAAAAAAAGAGGAUAGAAGGAUAAUACGAAAGACGCAGCGUAUUUCAGAUUCGAUUGUCCUUUAGAUGUUAUGAUAGCUGUAUAUUUUACUUUUCUUCAUGAUGGCUAACUUCUAUUUGUAUGGUACUGAUGUCGUUAACGUUUUAUGUUAACUCAUAUGUACGCCGAGUGAUACUGCCCUAUAUCACAAAAACCAGCUUCUAUCGUUAGUUUUCUCGCGUUUGCUUUCUCCGGUAACGAUCUGCCUUCGAUCAUUGCGACGGUUUUUACAAGCGAAGGCAGUGACUUAUUAUAAUUAAACACGCAGAACUCUCUUAGCUGUAAUCUCGCGCGUGAUCGGUCUAGAAGUAAUCGAACGUAUCAUCCCCGUUGUAAUCGAUUACUACGUGUUUUUGAGUCUUUUUUUUCAAAUACUACUAUUACUCUUGACAACACACAAGUACUGACAUCUUUUUUAUACCGCCUAAACAGAAUUGAUUAUACGUGGAAACUGAUAGCAUAGGUAAUUCCAACAUAGUUGCAGUACGUUAAAAUGUCGACUGUAUCUGUGCCAAAUGAAUUUGACGGUUUGUGAAGUCCCUCUCUUGCUUCCUUGUUUUGCAUCUUAGACUUUUUUUCUCUUAACGAUAUAAUGUAUGAUAUUAAGAAACCUGGUAGAUGUCUUGUUGCUGCAACACAAUCAAACGUUGACUUAAUUAUUUCUUAAGACUGAAUUGGUAACUCCUCGAACAGUCGCUGACUCUAGAUUAUAUUAUAGAUUUUUGUCGCAUGUAUAACUCACUCUUAACUUUGUAAACUGACAAACAAUGCAUUUCGAGUCUAACUCGAAAUUGUUAUUGUAAAUACAUCGCACAGUGAACUUCAGUCGAUUAUGUUAGUUUUGCUCAUCGCGUUUUUGUUAAAAUAAUUAGGAUUUCUUUUUGAAUAUUAGCGCUUCUUGCAUCGAUACGCCACCGUUUUGUCUGCCUAACAUGGUUCGCGUAAUGUCACUUUCUUAAUGACGUUGACACAGAAUCGUUAACGAGUUACAUCAUGAAAUGUCAUUCGUCGAAGAAGUUUAAAAAGCUCUCUUUUACUUUCAGUUAGUAUCAAAGCAUUUCGCGAUUUAGUUCGCAAUUGCUCAAUGUAAGAGACGAAUGACUCUCGUUGAUUAUACGAGUAGUAUAAUCCGGCUCAGUGUUAGUAAUUUGUGGUGUUUUCGUAUUAGUGAUGUGUCGAUUAAAUAAGAUCAAUUUUUACGUUUGUGAUUAAACUUUAUAGAAAUAUAAAGUAUGAGAAUUAUAUUACUAAAAUCUUGAUUUUUUAUUCGUGUAAUCAAUCGGACACAUUCUCUUCUAUAUUAAAUCACGACGUGAUUUCGAAACACUCGUGGAAGAGCAUAUCGAUUCGUAGAUUUACUCUGUCAUUCCUGUAAACUAUUGAACUAAACUAUUGAACUAAAUAAUUGAAUGUUUGCACUGAGUCUACACGUAUAACUUUUACAUCAUUGCUUUGCAUAUAACCUAAGUAGGUAGAGACCCUUGGUUGAAUAUUUUUUUCGCUGCCUGCCUAACAUGAGAAUUGUUCGAUUUCUCUCAAAGUUUCUUUCGAUGGCUUCUCUCGAAAAAGAAAAUUAAAUUUAUUCAUCUUUGAUGAAUAAAUUACAAAAGAAACAUGUAUAUAUAUAUAUAUGUGUAUGUCAUGCACAUAUAUAUAUUUAUAUAUACAUAUAUAUAUUUAUGAUUUUCAAAUGUUGAAAUUUUGAAAAAUUCAACAGUGAAAAGUGAUUUGGGAUUUAAAUUGUCUCAGAGCAAAAAUAAAAGUAAGCGUCUACAAGGACUUUUUUAUAUUGGGAGAAAGAAGAGAAGAAAACUUUAGUAGAGAGAGAUGAGCAGCGGCAAGUAAACGCUGCUUUGUAUCGUCUAGUCACUUAAAUUAUGUGCGAAGCGCUAAUGUAUGGACAUUACGUGUAGACUUGCCUUCUUUUAUGCUCAAUGUUGUUUUAAAGCCGCCAUUAUGGAAACGAUACUAGAAAAUCACGAUAACAGCGGUUGAAGUGAGAUCGCACUCUCGGCAGAGAAUACUUUUAAUGCUGUUUAUUAUGUCCAUUCCUGUUAAAUUGACUGUGAUUUAAGGAUAUUCAUAGAAAUAGGUUUCUCGAAAAGAUUUGUUAUUAUCGGUUAUUAUUGUAAUCGCGGACAGUCGCUUUCGCCGAGUGAUAUAUAUUCCUUUGCGAUUAUUAUGUUUCAUUCGGAUUAGCAUACUCCCGUCUAGUCGAAGUUCGCAGGCGGAGACUUCUAUAGAUCGAUAAGCGAUUUCGCGUCGUUCGCAUAUCUUCGUCAACUGUGCUAGGGAGACGCGAUGAGACAAAAGAAAGAAACGCACGUUCGGUGUGCAUAUGUGUCUCGUAAAUGUGCGUACAAUAGAGCGAAUGUGAAAACCGACAUGAACAAGCCAAGAAUAAUACUUUGAUACUUUACGAUAUAUACUCCUGACAGACCUCGCAUAUUUUAUUUAUAUAAGUCGUCUUCUCGGAGAGGUGUGGACGGUUCGAUACUUGCGACGAUCAUCCUCGCCACUACAUCAUCUCGUCUCGAAGUAGUCAAGAAAAAGAGCAAACUCUCGUGCUUCACCGCCUCAUAUCACCAGGCUCGACGUCACCGUUCACCGAAGCACCGAUCAUAGCUCGAAGAUCAUCGAUUGAUCAUCUUCACGCUCUCGCUCCAUCGGCCAUCCCAUCGAAUGUACAUCAAUGAAAUACUCGCGUCGGUCUCCGAUCGCACGUUUUCAAUGAUGAUUUUUAGAUCCGCGGAAGCACGAAAAGGAGAAGAAGGAAAUAUCAUGCACCAUGAAUCGCAGAUUGAUUGGAAAAUCAAACAUCGGGAAGGGACACGAACUCUUUCUGCCCGUCGACUGUUCAUCGAUACGUUUAUCGCACACUAUGAAAGCCGACAAACUGCCAUUGUUACGACUGACAUAGGUCAAACUCGAGGAUGAGAUGACGAUGUACUCGAGGCCCUUUUCGGCUGACUUUCACGACAUCGCCUAAAAUCAUCACCUCCAUAUCAUUCAUACUAGUGUUGCGUCAAUAGUCGGAGGGCCGAAGCGCACAUUUUCAUCGUAUGCUCGAGCACGAAUCACGCUCAAUUCUCAAUCAUGAUUAUUCCCGCGUGUCCUUCGUGUGAUUCUUUAACGCAUUCAAUGCCGCAUCGUUCGCGCCGUUGACCGGCCUUGUAACCAACGGAAUACAAAAAGAACUAUAUGUAUAUUCACAUUAUAUAUAUAUAUGUAUAUUUAGAAAUCUGCAAUAUACAAUAUAGAGGAAGUAUAUUAAAGAAACUAACAUCAUUGUGUUUGUAAAGAACGAUGUUUACUUGCGUUCAACUUGCGAUUCCUAAGGUGUACAAUCUCUAAUCAGGCUUCCGCGAAAUUAAUCAAAAUGCAUGCGGCAUGGAAUGCUUUAAAUAUUAGCAACAGCUGAACUGAUUCGCCGAGUUCCGAAUGAUACGAAAUUACGAAUUAUGAGCGUGCGAAACCCGAUGCGACACUGCCUCGUUAUUUAUUACAUUGCGACAAAAAGAAUGGCCCGAUUAAGAUCCAUAUCAAUCUCCCCGUAUUACCAUUAAGGGUCGGAUUACGUUUAUUAUAUGACGCGUGCAACAUGAUUCUGUAGUCUUGCGAUUUCUAAAUAGGUUUUACCGAUUACAAUUUUGGCGAAAAAAUAACGACCGAGAAUCCCGAUGCAUCGCGUUUCUACGGUCGUGAAACCCGCAGGAGACUACCGUCUUUUGAAUGCAUUAAGAUUACGAACGAGACGAUCGAACGAAAUCCAACGUACUACUAACACGAAUAACCUCGUAUUCAUUAGCGAUAUUAUUGUUUGUAAUUCAUUGGCUAUAUUAUCUCUAAUACAUCGAUAUAAUUGUAGGAGAGACGUAAGGACUUUAUCGAUACUUUCUAAUGGUAACUUUCGAGGAUAUAGAUGUUCCCGCAGGAAAUUGAAGAGUAGAAAUUAAAUAUCAGCUGUGUGUCGCGACCUAUAAUUGGAAUUAUAAUUGGAAUAAAGGGGAUGUUUCAUGUUUACAGAAAUGCUUGUUCAUCAAUUUAAUGCAUUAUGAGGUAUCGUCUUAAACAUACGUAACAUUUUAAGACACAAAGUCAAUAAAAUAUCUUUAAAAAAUGUGAAAUUUUCUUCGCACGACCGGGGAAUAUCGAUUUUAAAUAUUCCAUAUCGAGUCUCUUUGGCUGAUAUUUAAUUUCCAUUCUUCAAUUGUUCCUACGAGCCCGCUUCUUCGCAUUUCCCCUUGUUUUCUUUUCUACUUUUUCUCCUCUUUCUGCCCUUUCCACUUGUAUUUUCCUUCAUUUUUUUCGGCGGAUCGCUUUAUAUUUUUCACGAGGGAGGAUUAAUAGUUACGGUCAUUGUCAUUUGGUGUUCUUGCAAAUAUCGAUAUGUGUGUGCAUUAAGUUGUGAAAAUACGAGCGAUUUAGUGUUUGAUUUAAUUUGAUAUUUGAUCGCAACGCAUCGAUCAUGCGAUCGAUAGAAUCCCUAUAUAUGUUUCCUGGGUAAAUAUGAGUCCCGAAAGGUAUGCACUGUACAGAACGAAUCAAUAAAUUCUGUUCUCUCUGAAUUUUGACUGCAUUAGUAGAGCAAAAUAAAAGAAUUUUGCAACUAGAA